GGUCAUCUUUCCGGAACAGCUAAGAACUGUGCUGAACUAUACAAAGCUGGCAAAACAAUCAGCGGUGUGUACACAAUCGACCCUGAUGGUGAAGGUGCCUUCGAUGUGUUCUGUGAUCAAAAAACAAGCAGAGGGGGGUGGACAGUGUUCCAGAAGAGACUGGACGGCUCGGUUGAUUUCUAUCGUUACUGGAAUGACUACAAAAAUGGGUUCGGUGACCUGAAUGGCGAGUUCUGGCUUGGAUUGGACAAGAUUUACCGCCUGACCAAUAAAAAAUGCAACCGGCUUCGAGUUGAUCUGGAGGACACUAUAGGCAACACUGCUUACGCUGAAUAUGACAUGUUUGCAGUUACAAACGAAGCGACUAAAUACAAGCUCAGUCUAGGAAUGUACUCAGGUAUCGUGCUUGGAAUGUACAUGUAUAUGAUUUUGAUAUACAGUAUUUUGUCCUCGUUUCUUAAUUAUUCGUUGUAUGUUUGUUUAGGUUAGCGGUUUCUUGCAAACUUGAAAACUCUAGUAAGUUUCAAAAGGAGCUCAGUUACUUUCCAAACGUAGCCCCUAUCUUGCACUUCAAUACUAGAUUAUAUUCAGGUAUUCUACUCCAUACAUUCCUGGUAAAAUGACCUUGUAUGACCCCUAGGAGCUGCUGGUGACUCAUUAACGAGGUGGCAUCGAGGCCAGCCUUUUAGCACUAGAGACCAAGAUCAUGAUUCAUCCCCACAAAACUGCGCUGUGGUCUACAGAGGAGCCUGGUGGUACUCUCGUUGCCAUCGUUCAAACUUGAAUGGUUUUUAUUACAACGGUUCACAUUCAUCAACUGCUGAUGGUGUCAACUGGUAUGCAUGGAAAGGACAUAACUACUCUGCCAAGAGAGCUGAGAUGAAAAUCAGACCGGUCAACUUUUAG